CCCUGAAAAGGUCUGUGUAGAUCUGUAAAUGGCAGGGUCUGUAGGGAGGGUUAGUGGGGAGAGUAUGGAUGAAGAAUAUACUGAUUGGAAUGAAGUGAAGUCGCGGUACAAAGGGAAUGGGAAGAGAAAUCUAAGUCAAGACAGUGGCUCAGAUUAUAGAAGUGAAAAUGAGAGAGUGGUAAGGAGGAAAAUGGAUGAGGAUAAAAUGAAGAUUUUGAUAAAGUUCAAAGAAGGGGAAGAUAUCAAAAAUGUUGGACUUGUAGCUUUGUCACGCUACCUACAAGGCAGCAUUGGAGGAAUUGAGAAAGCGAAAAUCUUGAGUGAUAGAAGUCUUGUUAUCUUGUGCAAGAAUGAGGGGCAACGAGCCAGAGGUCUCCAGCUUAAACAAGUAUGUAAAAAGGAAAUCAGUGCUAUUAAAAUGUUUAAGAGCCGAGCAGGUGUUAAAGGGGUGAUAUAUGGAAUCCCAAAUGUAGAAGAUCUGGGAAGAUUAAGGGAAAACAUCAAAGGAGGAACAGUGACGAAUGUGAGAAGACUGAAAACUUGGAGGCUGGGGGAAAAGGUUGAUAGUAUGUCAGUCCUGCUGGAGUUUAACGAAGGGAAACUUCCAGAUUCAGUGUUUGUUGGUUUCAUGAGAUACAAUGUCAGAGAAUAUGUUCCUCCACCCCUGAGAUGCUACAAAUGUCAGAAAUAUGGACAUAUUGCAGCCUAUUGCAAAGGCAAACAGGUAUGUGGAAGGUGUGGAGGAGAACAUGAAUUUGGAAAAUGUGAACCUGGAGCUAAGUUGAAGUGCUCAAACUAUGGAGGAGAUCAUAGUGUGGUCUAUAGAGAAUGUGAGGCAAGGAAAAAAGCUAAAGAAAUCCAACAAACAAAACAUGGGAAAAAAUUUCAUAUGCUGAAGCUGUUAGGAGAGUCCACGGAAAUCAGGAAACUAAGAUGGUGCCAAGACAGGAGGACAAAGGAAAGUGCUGCAAGGUGAAGGAAGAUACAUUGAUUGUCAGUAAAGAAAACUUCCUGUAUUUUAUGGCUGAAGUGAUUAAUUGUACAUUCCAAACUAAACAUAGAUUGGAGAAAACGGCAAUAGUUGUGAAACGCGCCAAUCGCUACCUAGAUAUAAAAGGGAUAACAUGGGAACAGGUGUAUGAAGAAAUGAAAAACAAGGAAAGGCUGAGGAAAGAUGAGGUGGCACAGUCACAAGUC